AUGUCUCUAAGGGAAGAGGAGUUCCAGAACAGAAUCAAGAAUGCCAAUAUUCUUAGACUAGUAAAUGCUUAUAGAGAACAUGGGCAUAAACUAGCAGACAUAAAUCCUUUGAAGUCAAAAACCAGAGAUUUUCAAAGUAUGUUAAAGAACUCCAAGGAACUUGCUGUGGAAAAUUUUGGUUUGGAUAAUGUGGAUGUAAAUAAAUAUUUCAAGCUAUCAGGUUUGUUAUGUUAUAACGGUCAAGAGGAAGCUACCCUUACAGAAAUUCUUACACAUUUGGAAAAAGUUUAUUGUGGGCAGCUAUCCACAGAAAUACAACAUAUAGAGGAUGAGUCAGAGAAGCUUUGGUUGGCUCAGUUGAUUGAAAAGAGUGUUCUUUAUUGGACACUAGAAAAUGAAUCUAAAAGACAGAAAUAUCUGGCAAAGCUCUUGUUGAAAUCUGAGGCAUUUGACAAUUUUCUGGCCAAAAAAUUCCCAACAGUCAAGCGAUAUGGUGCUGAAGGAGCAGAGAGCAUGAUAGCAUUUUUUGAUGAACUUUUUCUUCGGUCCUCUAACAGUAAAAUCCAAGAGUUAGUUUUAGGCAUACCACAUCGAGGACGACUCAACCUUUUAACUGGUCUUCUGAAAUAUCCUACAGCCCAACUAUUCCAUAAGAUCAAAGGGAAUUCUGAGCUUCCUCCAGGUGCCCAAGGCAUUGGAGAUGUCCUCUCUCACCUGAACACUUCUGUUGAUCUUGAAGAUUGCAAUUUGCGGGUGACCAUGUUGCCAAACCCAUCACACUUGGAAGCUGUCAAUCCUGUUACAGCUGGUAAGGCGAGGGGUCGACAGCUUACAUUAAAGGAUGGUUGCUUCAGCAAUCUCACAGACAGCCCACUGGGUGAAAAGGUGCUCAGUGUUAUGGUGCAUGGAGAUGCUUCGUUCUCUGCCCAGGGUAUUGUGGCAGAAACCUUUUGUCUGGCAAACCUUCCUCAUUACAGUGUUGGUGGCACAAUCCAUUUGAUUGUUAAUAAUCAGCUUGGCUUCACGACACCUGGGGAGAGAGGAAGGUCUUCUAGAUACAGCAGUGAUGUUGGUAAAAUGAUUGGGUGUCCUGUACUCCAUGUUAAUGGUGAUAACCCUGAGGAAGUGGUCCGAGCUUGUCGCCUGGCGUUUGAAUACAGAAGGAAAUACAGAAAGGAUAUAAUUGUUGACAUGCUCUGUUACAGGCAAUGGGGUCAUAAUGAGAUUGAUGAUCCAUCUUUCACACAACCUGUAAUGUACCAAGAAAUAGCGAGUCGACCCAGUGUACCAGUGCUGUAUGCCAACAGUUUAGCGCAAAAAGGUGUGGCUGCAUUUGGAACCGAGGAUGACAAUCAAUAUACCGAUUUUCUUAAUGAAGAACUGAAGCAUUCAGACAAUCUUGUUCCACAGACAAGCCACCUUGAGGGACACUGGAAAGGCUUUGUACAGGCCAGCGAGGAUAAGAUUACUACUUGGGAUACAGGGUUCCCCCUAGAGGGCUUGCUUUUCGUUGGAGCGAAGUCUGUCGAAACACCUGAUUCCUUUAACAUUCACCCGCACCUGAAAAAGACUCACGCGAAAGCCAGGAUCAAAAAACUAGGAAGUGGCACCGGGAUUGACUGGGCUACUGCAGAAGCUCUCGCCAUUGGAAGCCUUCUUCAUCAAGGCUAUCAUGUGCGCUUCAGCGGGCAAGAUGUCGGAAGGGGAACUUUUAGCCACAGACACACGAUGCUGGUCGAUCAACAAACCGACGAGAUGUUUGUACCACUGAAUAACAUGUCCGAACAGCAGAAAGGAUUCCUUGAGGUAUUAAGAGCUAUUAUUCUAAGAAUUUCUACCAGGAACUCCUCUAGACUGUCAAAGUGGUUGCUUCAAAGUGGUUUGGUGAUGUUACUGCCUCAUGGCUAUGAUGGCGCAGGACCUGAACAUUCUUCUUGUAGAAUAGAAAGAUUCCUUCAGAUGACAGACAGUCGAGAAGAUGGAGUGGACGGCGACAGUGUGAAUAUGCAGGUGGUGAACCCAACCACGCCUGCGCAGUACUUCCACUUAUUACGUCAACAGAUGGUCCGUGACUUCCGGAAGCCACUGAUUGUGGUGGGACCCAAGCUGUUAUUAAGACUUCCGGCUGCGGUAUCGACCCUACAAGAAAUGGGCCCAGGGACACAUUUCAAACCAGUACUUGGAGAUGACAUCGUAAAUAGCGCUUUAGUGCGCCGUGUUGUGUUCUGUUCUGGAAAGCAUUAUUACGCUUUAGCCAAGCAAAGGGAGGCGACCCAAAGCUUGGAUACAGCUAUUAUUAGACUGGAGUCGUUAUGUCCAUUUCCAGCUGAAAUGAUUCGUCAAGAGCUGAAAAAGUUUCCUAAAGCGAAAGAAUUUGUUUGGAGUCAGGAGGAGCAAAGGAAUAUGGGAGCUUGGAGUUUCGUAUCACCUCGAUUUGAGAAUAUUCUGGGAGUUAAGGUGAAACGAUGA